GGUUCAUUCACACAUUGUUUCUGUUUAUGCCUGGGGUGGGGGGACAAAUCCCAAACCAGCUGCGUCAAUGAGUAUGGAAGAUUAUGAUUUCCUGUUCAAAAUUGUUUUAAUUGGAAACGCCGGUGUGGGGAAGACUUGCCUGGUCCGACGCUUUACUCAGGGUCUCUUCCCACCAGGUCAAGGAGCCACGAUUGGGGUUGACUUUAUGAUUAAAACGGUGGAGAUUAAUGGCGAGAAAGUCAAGCUGCAGAUUUGGGACACGGCAGGACAAGAACGAUUCCGAUCAAUUACCCAGAGUUACUACCGAAGUGCCAAUGCCUUGAUACUCACCUACGAUAUCACCUGUGAGGAAUCUUUUCGCUGUCUUCCAGAAUGGCUAAGAGAAAUAGAGCAGUAUGCCAGCAACAAGGUCAUCACUGUAUUAGUGGGUAACAAGAUCGAUCUAGCUGAAAGGAGAGAAGUCUCCCAGCAAAGAGCUGAAGAAUUUUCCGAGGCUCAGGACAUGUAUUACUUGGAAACCUCAGCCAAGGAGUCUGAUAACGUGGAGAAAUUAUUCCUGGACUUGGCCUGUCGACUGAUCAGUGAGGCCAGGCAGAACACUCUUGUGAACAAUGUGGCUUCCCCUUUACCAGGAGAAGGGAAAAGCAUCAGCUAUUUGACUUGUUGUAAUUUCAAUUAAAAGCUGAUACGAGGCAGAGAAGGAGAAAAGAAUCCAUGCCUGCUCUGAUAGGCCAGUAGUUCCUGGGAGGUAGAGCAAAGAUGGUGGUUCUUGCUCUUUGGACCUUCUGACUUCUCCGGGUUGCUGAGCUUAAAAAGCAUGGCGGGCCGAGGGCUUUGCCCACAGGCCAACACUAGCAGAACAUUCAUAUGGUUUGACCCUUUUGCAGGCUUGGGCUGGAGUGAGAGGAAGAUUGCACUAGGAGCUCCCCGAGAUGCUGAGCAUGUGCUGUGAUAGUUGGCUUUUUGUUUUUAAAAAAGCAAAAAAUAAAACAACCCCCCACAAACCAGUCUUUCUGGACUGACUGGAGGGAACGCCCCUCUCCAUCGACCCCCUAAAAGAGUGAUUCUGCCCGGCAUUUGGUGGAUGAGUAGGGUCUUCUCUGAGAUCUCUCGAGCACCUCGAUUUUCUAGCCUGCCAGCCAAACAAACACUGGGAAGGCCAAUGACAGUAUCGAUGGCGGGUCUGCCGCAUCCUGAGGGAUUUUCAGCAUCGACUCCAUGAUGGGUUUGAGAAGUGGUACAUCUCUUGGCCACUAACCUUUCAAGAAUGGAGAAUUUCAAAGGACCUCGAAUCCACAACAAACAGUAACAAUCAUGGCUAACAAAGGAUACAGGCCUUGUGACUCCUUUUGGUGCUAAUGGUUCAGCUGACAAUUCCUUAGACCAAACGUUUUACUACAUUAGUAUCCUCUGAAUGUGUUAUGUAGAAAUAAAUAGGGGAAGUAUGAUAAAAA